AUGACAUCCCCGGCAGCGCCUUUUCGCCUCACGCCGGCGUCGAUCGGUCCUGCUCGGCCAGUGGCGCCAUCAGUGACCAACACAACGGCCAUCGCCUCCUCGCUAUCGUCCACGGACGAGGAUGUUCAAUCUAGCGGUCCGCCAAGGAGACGACGACCCUUGAGUCUCUUUUCAUCUCUCCUCUCGGGCUCCACGGCCGCGAAGCCGAGGACUGCAGUUUCCGCUUCUAGCACCCCCUCGAUCGCCGCCUCCUCCGUCUCCGUCUUUGUCACCAGGCAGCACCGCCACCACCACAACCACCACCAGCACGACCACUACUACUACUACCACCACCACUACCACUGCCGCAUCCGCCACCUCGGCCAGGACUUUCCCGAGCUCGUCCUCCCGCAUCGGCACAUCCGCAGCCCCAACGGCAGCAGCAGCCCCAAUCACAACCCAGCCGCCGCCUCCACCAACCUCAGCACCCACCGUGCCCUCCGCAUCACGACCACCGCUCCCGCGCCGCAGGCGGAGCAGGUGGCGCAGGCGCGGACGGCGGUGCUGGCGUCGAUCGGGAACCUGCUGGACCGGGAGCUGGCGACGCGGGCGGCGCAGCUGCACGCCAACGGGGCGGCGAUCGAGCGGCAGGAGCGGGAGGUGGAGCGGGCGACGGCGGCGCUGCGGCGCGAGAACGACCGGCUGGGCCGGCUGGCCGAGACGCACGCGCGCCGGGUCAAGGAGGUCGGCGACGUGCAGAACUGGGCCGAGAUGCUCGAGCGCGACUUCCUCAUCCUCGAGGAGACCCUCCGCCUCGUCAACGACAACAACAACGAAGAGGCCACGGAAGGGAGCGAGACCGGAAGCGAGAGCGGAGAUGGGAGCGAAGGUGGGAGUAGGAGUAAUGGGCCCGAGACGGUGCCGUUGCCUGCGUCGCCGCCGUUCGGAUAA